CCCCUGUCUGCGCCGUGUUCCUCUUCCCAAUGGCCUCCUCCUCCUCCGUCCCACCGGAACCCUAGCGCCGCGGCCCACCACUACCAGCUCGCUCGGCUCGUGUCCAGAUCCCACGCCGCGCCACACCACAUGGCGGCGGACGCGGCGCAGCAGGGCCCGGGCGUCCACCGGAGGCGCGGCGGGGCCGCCCCGCGCGCCUGGUGCUGCUCCUUCGCCGGCGUGCCCGACAGCCCCGACCUCCGCCCGAUCCCCUCCUCGGCAGCGUCCCCUGCGGCGGCGUCGAGGAAGCUGCCGCCCAAGUCCCCGUCGGCGGCGUCCUUCUACGGCUCGCCCACCUCGUCCAGGCUCGCGGGCCUCGGCGGCCUCAUCGACCCGCGCCGCAUCCUCUCGCCCGGCCGCGUCUCCCCCAUCGACCCCGACGGCGCCGUCCCGCUCCCUCCUCCUACGCCGCCGCCGCCGCCGCCCGCUGAGUUUCCGGCAGCUGUGGGCACCGCGGAGCAGCCGGCGCCGGUGCUGGCGUCGGCAUUGCCCUCGGCAGCGGCGGCGCCGCAGGUGGUGUCCGUGCGGGAGGAAGCGGACGCGCACGCGGCUGGCGUGCUGGAUCUGAAGCUCUUCCUGCGGGGGAGGGACGGGAGGUGCGUCCUCAUGGAGCUCGACUCCAGGGUGUUGUGCGGCUGCAGCGACUUCUUCGCCGCCAUGGCCCCGCACGAGGACGCUGCUGCCACUGCUGCUGGUGCCGGCGCUGCCGGGAAGACGAUCGAGGUGGACGGGGUCGAUAAUUUGGAUGCUUUCAGGGCUGCAGUGGAACUCAUGUACGACCCUGAUCCAAUGCGGGGUCUUGCAGCUGCCGGUGUGUCAAGGGCUAUAGAUGUGCUUGAGGUAUGCUCCUCUAUCAUGUUCAGCAAGGGAAUCAAAACAUGUUUGACAUACAUAGAAGCUGUUCCCUGGAAUGAGAACGAGGAGGAGAAGCUGAAGAAUCUCUUUGCAAGAUUCACUUUUGACGAAGCAAUAUCCCAGGAUAUACUGGCAAGACUGCGACCACACAACUGGAAAAGCUCAGAUGACCUCGCUGUACAGCUUAUUCAAUCUGUCACUAACAGCACCAGCACUAUGGCAAGAAAAGACAUGCAAUCUUUGGUGAAUGGUCUUCUAAGCAAAAGUUCAGUCUAUCAAAAGGACUCGUCAGGAUUAAACAAGGAGAGCCUGUAUCAGAUCUGUUAUUCAUGUCUAGAGUCACUGGUGGACCUCUUUGAAGAGGCCAUAGAACCAACAUAUUACACAGGUCAGGCUGUGGUAGUUAGAGGGAGCAAACCACUGAUCGAGCGAAUCUCUACGCAAACAGAGAACCUCAAUUGGCUAUUGGAUAUUCUAGUAAACAUUGACAUUGCAGAAGAAUUUGUAGAACUGUGGGCGAAGCAAGGCAGGCUCAUUAGGAUGCACGAGCAAGCAUCAGCGAUCGUCAGGUAUGAGCUAAGUCGAAUAUCAGCUGGUGUGUUCAUUGCACUUGGUAAAGGAAAAGUGCAGUGUCGUGGUGACGUACGAAGCCUCCUCUUUCAUGGAUGGUUCAGCACAAUGUUGUUGGAUUUUGGCUGGCUUCAGCGCUGCCCCAAAGGUCUCGACCUAAGAUCGUUGGAGGAGAAUUUAGGGCGAGGCCUUUUAACCCUCCCUCUCAGGCAGCAGCAAUGUUUGUUCGAGGAAUGGUUCCAGUUCUAUGCGACCAAAGGACCCGAGUGUCCGAACCUUAUUAGAGCUUUCCAGGUAUGGUGGAGAAGGUCUUUCAUUAGAUCAUUGGUAGAACCUCAAAACUAAGUUUUUCCUUGAUGUACUAGUAUGUUGCGUGUAUGAUUUGUAAAAUUGCAACUGUUCUGAUGACCCUUAAAAAUGUUUUUUCGUUUGUAGUUUAGUUCUUCCCAUUGUAUGUGAAUAGCUGGAUGAAUUUGCUUGAGGAUAACAUCUGCGGCGUGGAGUAUGUAAUAACCCAACCCAGUCAUAUGUCGAACUUUUGUACUUUUUGU